AUGACGGUCAUCAGCCCCAAGUCGACGCUGUAUCUGGAUCGCGAACGCCUUACUCGCUGGAUGUACUUGGCCUUUGCCGCACUUACGCUGUACGUCGUGGAGCGUGCGAAGAAUCGCAAGAUUCCGCGAGAGAACUUCUUUGGCAUGGCGUUGUCGUUGCUACCCACCGAGCUUUCACACAAGGUGGCGAUCGUCCACACGUGUCUCGCAGGGUAUCUGCUCAAGAAGAAGAUGCCGAUCUUUUCGCACUGGAGCGGCGCUUUUGCAGGACUAUUACAGUGUCUAGUAGCUGCGAACCUCCUCAAGUCGUUCCGACGAAACCUCGCGUCGAAGAAAGUCAUUCGCAAUGCGCUCAUCAAGUCUGACAUUGGCCCAGAAAAGUCACGCGACAUUGGCCGAAUGACGCUGAAGCGAUGGCUCAGCGUAUUGCUGCCAUUGCCACAGCCCUUGGCCGUAUCCCUGAGCUACCUUGGCGUGCAAAAAGUCCGCACGGUUGCUUAUGCGCAUGUGGGCAAAACGAAAACCCAGAAACUGCUCAUGGACGUUUACGAACACCGGGACAACAAACUACCCGAUGCCCCGAUUUUUCUCUAUAUCCACGGAGGAGGCUGGGUCAUCGGUGAUCGCCGAAUCCCACCCUUCUCAUGUGUGUACCAAGUGGCCUCAAUGGGCUGGAUCGUGUGCGUCAUUGACUAUCGGCUGUCUCCAAAUGUGGCGUUCCCCACUCACUUGAUUGACUCGAAGCGUGCUAUUGCGUAUCUACGUCAAAAUGCACGUGCAGAAUUCAACGCCGAUCCGGAGUACAUUGCUGUAGGCGGGGAGUCUGCCGGCGGACAUUUGGCGAGCUUGUUGGGACUUACUGCGGAUGACAAAUCCUUGCAGCCCGGUUUCGAAGACGUAGACACCAGUGUGCGCGCAGUUGUCGACAACUACGGCGUCCACGACUUCACAGAUCGACAUGGCAUCUAUUAUGCUCGUGACAAAACCAGCGGCUUUGUUCAAUAUCUUGAGUUCUUCGUGAUGCAAAUGAAGCUCAAGAGCAACAAGGAAGACUUUGAACGCGCGUCGCCCGUCGCCUACUUGACUGACGAAAGCGCUGCCCGUCGUCGAGAUAUUGUCCCACCUUUCAUGAUCACACACGGCACUCACGACAACGUCGUCUUGUUGCAAGACUCGCAGCUGUUCUUUGAUCGCUUGGUCAGCUACCGCCAGCACCUCCCUCCGGCGAUUCGAGCGUACCAGGACAAGCAACUCGGUGGCGUCCAGGAUAUCUUGGUCAAGGUGCCCUUUGCAAGCCACAUGUUCAACUUUCUCCUCUCUCCUCGAGCAUUGGCGCAUGGUGAUGCUGUGUGCGCUUUUCUCGACAACGUGUACAGCAAGACCAAGGAGGUACCACUAGAAGCUCGACUGUUUCCCAGUCGGGUCGAACAAGAAGCUGUAGUUUUGCGGGGGGAGGAGACGCUUUCUGCAAUCGCAUCGUCAAGGUUGUAA